UGGUACGUUCCUUUUCAAGAAAUCCAUGGCUAUGGCGCUGUCUAUCGCUUCGUGGUGCGACCCGGUUGUGUUGCCGGUGUGCGGAGUCAGGAUGGGGGAGAAGGCUCCGGUCGUGUAUAAGCGCUUCAUCUGCUCGUUCCCGGAUUGUAAUGCCACGUAUAACAAGAACUGGAAGCUGCAGGCCCAUCUGUGCAGGCACACGGGGGAGAGACCCUUUGCUUGCACACAUGAAGGCUGUGAAAAAGGCUUUGUGACUUUAUAUCACCUGAAUCGUCAUGCGCUCACCCACAGCGGGGAGAGACCUUGCAAAUGUGAAGCAGAAAACUGCAAUUUGGCAUUCACCACAGCAUCUAACAUGAGGUUGCACUUCAAAAGGGCUCAUGCUUCUCCAGUGCAGGUCUACGUGUGUUAUUUUGCAGACUGCGGCCAACAGUUCAGGAAACAUAACCAGCUAAAAAUCCAUCAGUAUAUCCAUACAAACCAGAAACCCUUCAAAUGCAGUCACGAGGGAUGUGAUAAAAGCUACUCUUCUCCUUCAAAGCUUAAACGCCAUGAGAAAAUUCAUGCAGGAUAUCCAUGCAAAAGAGAUAGCACUUGUCCUUUUGUAGGAAAGACCUGGUCAGACUACUUGAAGCAUGCUGCAGAGCUUCACUCAGAGGUUACCUGUGAUAUCUGUAAUCGUAAAUUCAAGAGGAAAGAAUUCCUGAAGGAGCACAAGAAAAUCCACACAAAAGAGAGAAUAGUUUAUCACUGCCCACGAGAGGAUUGUGACAGGACUUAUACUACUAAAUUCAACCUCAAAAGCCAUAUACUCACGUUCCAUGAAAACCUGCGGCCAUUUGUUUGUGAGCAUGAAGGCUGUGGAAAAACCUUUGCGAUGAAGCAAAGCCUAGACAGACAUUUCAAUACUCACGACCCAGAGAAGAAAAAGAUGGUGAAACCACCCCGACCCGUAAGAAGUCUUGCUUCUCGCCUUUCUGGAUAUAAGCCUAAGAAGUCCAAGAAAAAAAAACCUUCCCAAACUCCUGCCCUUGAGUCUCCAGAACAGAAACCUGAUGCUGGCAAAGAAGAUCUAUUACCAGUGCUGGAAAAUCUGACCCUUAAAUAAUUCUCCAGUGCUUGGUCCAGUAAUGCAGGAUAUAUGAUGUUAAUAUUACUGUUCACUCAUUUGCCCGUUUUCUGUGGGAAUUUUUGUUUUUCAGUUUGUUUUCAGUCUGACCUGCUGGCCAAAGGUUUGUGGCAGUAGGUCAAGAUAUACUUUCUACCUGUUGCAUUAAAGAGGUGAAGCACA